AUGGCAGCCAAAACCAUCGACUUCGAGCCCAAAUACAUCACCUUCGACUGCUACGGCACACUCAUCGACUUCAACAUGUCACGCAUGGCGCGCGAAGUCUACUCGGACCGGCUCUCAGGCGAGGAGCUGGAGCGCUUCGUCUCGCUCUUCUCAGGCUACCGCGUCGACGAAGUGCUGGGACCUUACAAGCCCUACCGCGAAGUCAUCGUCAACGCGCUCUCGCGCACGUGCGCGCGCACGCAGGUCAAAUACGACGCCGAGGAGGUGGAGCGCUUCUACGACGCAAUUCCGAGCUGGGGCCCGCAUCCGGACGUUCCCGAGGGGUUGGCUCGGCUUGCGAAGAAGUACAAGCUGGUGAUCCUGUCGAAUGCGGCCGACGACCAGAUCAUGCGGAACGUGGAGAAGCUCGGGGCGCCGUUUCACAAGGUGUUCACGGCGCAGCAGGCGCAGAGCUACAAGCCACGCAUGCAGGGAUUCGAAUACAUGUUUAGGGAGCUGGGGUGCGAGCCGGAAGACGUGCUGCACGUGUCGAGCAGCCUGCGGUAUGACUUGAUGACGGCGGAGAGCAUGGGGAUCAAACAUAAGGUGUUUGUGAAGAGAGGGCACGAGCCGUCGACGCCGGAGUAUAAUUACUACGAGGUGGACGAUAUCAAGCAGCUUGCGGGGAUGCUUGGGUUGUGA